GCUGGGCUUUGUCUACAAAAAAAAAGCCCUGAUUUUUAACACUUCACCAGAUACAUGGAAUGUAUCUUCAGUCGGGGCUCAUAUACUAUAAAAGAUUAUGAAGACAAAUUACAGCAAGUGAGGUCAAAACUUCGUAAAAUGUAAGAACUUAAAUCACUAACAUGAAAAGCUCAAGGCCGCGAUGGAUAAAUACACUGAACCAUCCGGGUAGAACGCAAUCUCUCUCCGGUGUUACCACGGUACUUUACCGUAUCUACUAGAGAAGACGCGCAGCAGCAUCCCCGUUGCGGAAUAAACUGAUUGGGUGUCUGUUACGAAAGAGCUUACAUUGAAUCUGCGCCUGCGCCUUCGGGUGGGAGCUUGGCGGCCGUGGAUCUCGCUGCCUCUCGCGAUUCUCGGCGCCGGUAAAGGUUGAUCCGGGCCUGUGUGUUGCCGGCCGGCUUAGGCUGUCGGUGAAGGGUCAAUGGCGCAGCCGGCCGUGACACUAGGAGGCCCUGCGAAGCAGUCGGAGACGGAGGUGCUGGCAGCGCAGGAAGUGGAAGCUGCCAUGGAACGGCGUCAGAAGCUAAUUGCAGGAAAGGCUCACACAGAAGGUGGCUCUGCACGAAUGUCACUUCUCAUCUUGGUGUCUAUCUUCUUAUCAGCUGCCUUUGUUAUGUAUCUGGUGUAUAAAAACUUUCCACAUCUUAGUGAGGAGGAGAGAGAAUGUAUAAAGGUUCCCAGAGACAUGGAUGACGCUAAAGCCUUAGGAAAAGUGCUCUCUAAAUACAAGGAUACCUUCUAUGUACAAGUACUAGUAGCCUAUUUUGCUACCUAUGUUUUCCUGCAAACAUUUGCUAUUCCUGGGUCUAUAUUUCUGAGUAUACUCUCAGGAUUUCUGUACCCAUUUCCCCUAGCUCUGUUUCUUGUCUGCUUGUGCUCUGGACUUGGGGCUUCUUUCUGUUAUAUGUUGUCCUAUUUAGUUGGGAGACCAGUCGUGUAUAGAUAUCUGACAGAAAAAGCAGUAAAAUGGUCAAAACAGGUUGAACGGCACAGAGAACACCUCAUUAACUACAUAAUAUUUUUGAGAAUAACACCUUUCCUUCCUAAUUGGUUUAUCAAUAUAACCUCUCCUGUAAUAAAUGUACCACUGAAAGUAUUUUUCAUUGGUACUUUUCUUGGUGUUGCACCGCCAUCUUUUGUAGCAAUUAAAGCUGGCACAACACUUUACCAGCUUACAACAGCAGGUGAAGCUGUUUCUUUGAACUCUGUUUUUGUCCUCAUGAUUCUGGCUGUUCUCUCUAUUCUGCCAGCUGUCUUCCAGAAGAAACUUAAAGAAAAAUUUGAAUGAGGGCCAGCCUGGAUCUUCCUUCCCAUAUUUCAUCUCAGGAUCAGCACUAUUUGUAUGAUCGGUUUUAUAUUGGAUCUUUAGCAAUUAAAAAAGGAGACAACUGUGAGAGACAUAUUUCUGAACUUCUUGCUCUGUUUAUUUAUGGGGCACAAAGUAAUUGCAGUCAGAAUAAAAGUGACUAUAGCUUUUUAAAAAACAUGAGAAACAUUCUUUUAACUAAUCUGUGUUAUUUAAUUUGAAUGAUUAUAUAACAUGCCUUAUCUGAUUAUUGUGUGUGACUUGAUGACUUGAUGGGAAUAAUUCUUUCCUGUUCCCCCUUUCUGUUCAUUUCUUCAUUGUUUAUAAAUCCUGAAGAAUAAUGGACUGCCCAGUGGAAUAAUGGUUUUCUUGAGUAAUGAAGUGCAGGGACAGAUAAUUUGCGCAAUUAUGUAAAUGUUCCUGAAUUUCUUUUUGCCUGUUGUUUUUACAUUAACCACAGAAAUGCUGAAAAGUAUCAAGUAACAUAACUUUUACAGAUGUGGGGGAUGGACCUGGCACAGUUAAAUGCUAGAAUUUGAACGUUUGUCAGUAUUUCAGAUGUAUGACAACUGUUUCUAAAAUGGCAAAAACUGUAUGAAACCAAUUAUUCAGCAAUGUCAAAUAUAACAAUUAUCAGUA